AUGAGAUAUUGUAAAGUUUGGUCUUGUUUGAUGUUAGUUUUAGUUCUUGAAUCACAGAAAUUUCCCACAUCUACAGCGUUCCAUAAUGGAGAAUCAUCUAAGUCUGAUGGUAAAUAUUCCCGAUUUUAUGAUAUGGAUCCGUCAAGAUUUAGAAGAGACAAUAGAUUAGUGAAUCAGACAACGAAAAGUGAGGAUUCAUGCUGUACUGUGUUCCCAACCAUCUGUAACACAUACGGUGAUUGUGUUUUAGAUAUUAAUAUUUGUGUUCAGCUUUGUGUUUGUGCAACUGCUGCAGAUGGCUAUUGGUGUACGCAGGUAAUUAAAUUAUUAACAUCCGGUGCAUCGACUAUAGCUACUACUACAACACUACCAUCAACUUUACCACCAACUGCCAUUCCAAAACUAUAUGCAUCAUUCGUUGAAACUGAUGAUGAUUCCAACCAUACGGACUCCUCGUCUGAAACUUCUCUAUCACAUUCAACAACUCUGGAUCCACGAGGAACAACUUUAGAGAUUCUUCAAUUUCCUUCAGUAUCGCCAUUAGUACCACCACCAGUCAUUUCAUCUCCAUCCAAUCCACUCAGGUUAAACAAUUCAGUUACCACUCACAUUAGUGGUAAUGAGACUCAGGGAACUUCCAUUACUACUAUAGCUUCAUCUAUCAAAAAUGUUAUUUCGCGAUUGGUCAAAAGUGAAUCCAUACUGAAAAAUUUAACUCGAGUAAGAAAUAAUUGUAAUAAUUGUUAUGAUGGAAAAUGCAUUCUUGGUAAAGACUACCAACCUCGGUGCGCUCGAAAUAUUGACAUGGGAGCAGAAAACACAACUUGUCCUCUGGGAUUUGACUGUAAGAACGGCUUCUGUGUGAUUGAAUCAGGCAAAUCUGGCGUUUCUUGCGAAUGCUUUAAGAAUUGGACUGGUCAUUUCUGUAAUGAACCCUGUUUAUUAAACUGUGGUGAUCAUGGUAAAUGUGUAAAACAUGAAACAGAAGUAUGUGCUUGUUAUUGGAAUUACACUGGUGUCAAUUGUGAAACGCAUGAUCCUUCUAUGAAUCUAAUGAAAGGUGCUACAACUAUUAAAGUCACCAACACACCUUGGUCUGUGAUAGGAAUUUGUUUUGGUUUACUUGUUGUACUUCUGAUGCUAUUGAUUCUAAUACCGUAUUAUUUAUACCGUAAACAAUGGAUACCAAUGCGUAAACUUGUGUAUUAUUUUCAACAUUAUGAAGACGAUGACGGAAAGGAAUAUGAUGCCUUUAUAUCUUAUAAAUCAUCAAAGUCAGAUGAACAAUUUGUUGUCCAGAAGCUUUACCCAAAGCUCGAAAAGGAACUUGACUUCAAAUUGUGUCUCCAUUUUAGAGACUUCUUGCCAGGGGAAGCCAUCGCUAACAGUAUUAUUCAAGCAAUACAAAAUAGCAGAAGGACAAUAAUGAUAUUAACACCAAACUAUAUAGAAAGCGAAUGGUGUAGACUAGAAUAUCAAACAGCACAACAUGAAAUGUUAAAACUUAAACAUAAAAUUAUUCCAAUAAUACUGGAAGAUAUUGACCACGUGAAAAGUGUAGAUUCAAACUUGAAAUCCAUCAUUGACACAGUGACUUACAUAAAAUGGCCCCUUGGAGAAAUUUCCAAAGAAGAAGAAAAGUUCUGGAAACUUUUAGAGCUAACAAUGCCCAAAAAAAAGUUGGAUUGUAGUUCAUCCACCUCUAGGACAUCAAGUGAAGUUCCAUUAUCUGGAGUUACACCCCUUCCUUCAUCUGAUACCUUAUCAGAUGAUGUAUUCACUAGUUCUGUAAGUGUUGAGAUAGAACCAGACGACAAUGCGAUGGUAGAAGUUACACCUUUAGAUGAAAAUCCACACAUUAUAUCAUGCUUAGAACAUAGUGGUGAUUGUCAAAUACUACCAAAUGAGCACGGACUACUCUCUGACUACCCUGCUGUCUGA